AAUGGCUCGAGUAGGGUUUGUGUCUGUGAUGGUUUAUUAGCGAAAUCCGAAUCCAAGUAAUGGUUGUGGGGAAGUAUUGAUGUUAGGUUUGAACAGUGAACUGUGAAGGACAUGGCUCGUAGCUUGUCGCGUUCACCUUCCUACAGAAGAAGACACUCUCCAUCCCCUCUUUCUCGCCGCCACUCUCGAACCAGAACCACCAGACGCCACUCUCCGACCCACAAACGCCGCCGAAGGCACAGAACCAGAAGCCGAAGCCGAAGCCGAAGCACUGCCUCGCUCUCUCCUAAACCUAAAUCACGCAGUCCUACUCCUAAACCCAAAAAAGACCUCCAACAAAACAAAAGGCAUCAACAGGAGGAGGAAGAUUUGAAGCAAUUGGAAGAAGAGGCUGCAAGAAGAAUCGAAGAAGCAAUUCGAAAAAACGUUGAAGAGAGGCUUAAUUCAGAAGAAGUCAAGAAAGAAAUAGAAAGGCGCAUAGCAGAGGGCAUUAAGAAAUUGUUUGAUGAUGUUGAAGUUCAACUUGCGAAAGAAAAGGAGGAUGCUCUUGCUGAAGCUAGAAGGAAAGAAAAACAAGCUCAAAAAGAGAGAGAAGAGCUAGAUAAGAUGCUUGAAGAGAAUAGGAGGAGAGUGGAAGAGGCUCAGAGAAAAGAAGCACUAGAGCUGCAACGAAAGGAGGAGGAACGGCAAAGGGAAUUAGAGAUGAUUCGGAGACAGAAAGAAGAGACUGCUUGGAGAAAGAAGGUGGAGGAGGAAGAAGAACAUGCUAAUCGAAUUAAUUCUUUGGCCAAGAAUAAAUCUAGGCCUAAGUCUUACGGUUUGUAAUUACUAUUAGGUGAUGCCAUUUUGUGCCCCAGCUUAUUUGUACCCUUGUUAGAAGCCAUGAUCUUGAAUGAAAAUUGAUACUCCUAUAAUGAGCUUCCAACCCACUUUAUUACAAGAUCAAAGAAAAUUGAAUGUUGUUUUCUAUCCAAGAUACUAGUAUGUUGAAGUUUAUUUGCUUUACAUGACAAAAUGGCUGUCCCUGCUAUGGCCCUGUUUAACUGGUUUGGAACUUUUCAGUUUAUACGCAGUAGUCAACGAUCAGUAAAGUGAAUGAUAGGUAUGAUGUGUAGGACAUAACCUUGUAUCCCCGCUUCAUUCCAAUUGAGGUUUGUAGC